AUAUCCCAGCCUUCGGCAGGUGGACGUGUGGGGGGCGCGGAGAGGAUAUGUUAUUAUUGCGGCAGCGUUUUCCUGCAUGAGCUGCAUGUGUGCCUGGCACUGUGUCAUGUAUGAUGUGACACUGCUAAAUCCAUGGUGCAUCUCCCAGGGUAGAGCUGCUCGUCUUAGAGCUGUCCCCUCACAAUGGACGGCGAGGGCUUUGGAGAGCUGCUGCAACAAGCAGAACAGUUAGCUGCAGAGACUGAGGGAGUGACAGAACUGCCUCAUGUGGAACGGAAUCUUCAGGAGAUCCAGCAGGCGGCAGAGAGGCUCCGCUCCCGGACUAUGACACGUACCUCUCAGGAGUCCGCAAAUGUUAAAGCGUCUGUUUUAUUGGGCACCAGAGGUUUGGACAUAUCUCACAUAUCCCAGAGGCUAGAGAGCCUCAGUGCAGCUACAACAUUUGAGCCUCUUGAGCCAGUGAAGGACACUGAUAUCCAGGGCUUCCUGAAGAAUGAGAAGGACAAUGCAUUGCUGUCAGCUAUUGAGGAAUCCAGGAGGAGGACUUUUGCUAUGGCAGAGGAGUACCACAGGGAGUCCAUGUUCGUGGAGUGGGAACAAGUUAAGCAGAGGAUCCUCCACACGCUGCUUGCUUCAGGGGAGGAUGAUUUGGGCUUCUCACAGGAGACUGAGACAAGUUACAUCAGUGAGCUUGGAGCUCCCGGUCGCAGUUCUCUUGAUAAUGUUGAAAUGGCGUAUGCACGGCAGAUUUAUGUGUACAAUGAGAAGGUGGUGAGCGGACAUCUGCAACCCAGCCUUGUAGAUCUGUGUGUUACAGUAGCUGAGAGAUUGGAUGACAAGAAUGUAUCUGAUGUUUGGGCAAUGGUGAAACAGAUGACAGAUGUUCUGCUAGUUCCAGCUCCUGAUGCAUUGAAAAGUCGUUGCUCAGUCCAGAUGCAAAUGGCCUUUGUGAGACAGGCGCUAAACUUCCUUGAAGAAAGUUAUAAGAACUACACUAUGAUGAGUGUGUUUGCCAACCUGCAACAGGCUCAGCUGGGUGGUGUUCCUGGGACCUACAAUCUUGUGCGUAGCUUCCUUAAUAUCAGACUGCCUGCACCUAUUCCUGGAUUACAGGAUGGUGAACUGGAAGGAUACCCGGUUUGGGCACUGAUCUAUUAUUGCUUACGCUGUGGGGAUAUUAUGGCAGCACAGCAGGUGGUGAACAGGGUGCAGCAUCAGCUGGGAGAGUUCAAGAACUGGUUCCAGGAAUAUGUUCACAGCAAUGAUCGGAGAUUAUGCCCAGCAACAGAAAACAAGCUUCGCUUACAUUACAGAAGAGCUGUGAGGUCGAGCACUGACCCCUAUAAGAGAGCAGUGUACUGUAUAAUUGGUCGCUGUGAUGUGGGAGACAAUCAUAGUGAGCUGGCAGAUAAAACAGAGGACUACCUGUGGCUAAAGUUGAGUCAAAUUUCCUUUGAAGAUGACACUAGCAGUUCCCCACAAGACAGACUGACGCUACCGCAGUUCCAGAAGCAGCUACUGGAGGACUACGGCGAGUCUCACUUUGGAGUUAACCAGCAUUCUUUCCUGUACUUCCAAGUCCUCUUCCUGACUGCGCAGUUUGAGGCAGCCAUUGCCUACUUGUUUCGCAUGGAGCGCACACGGUGUCAUGCUGUACAUGUGGCACUUGCUCUCUUUGAAUUAAAACUUCUUUUAAAGUCUUCAGGACAAAGUGCACAGCUGUUGGCUCAGGAGGCUGGAGACCCUGUUGGUAUCAGACGUCUGAACUUUGUGCGUCUCCUUAUGCUGUACACACGGAAGUUUGAAUCAACAGACCCACGAGAAGCCUUACAGUAUUUUUACUUUCUCAGAAACGAAAGAGACAGUCGGGAAAAGAACAUGUUCCUGCGUUGUGUCAGUGAACUGGUGAUUGAAAGCCGAGAGUUUGACAUGUUGUUGGGGAAGCUGGAGAAGGAUGGCACAAGAAAGCCUGGAGCUAUCGAUAAGUUUACAAGGGACACAAAGCCAAUUAUUGGUGAAGUGGCAGCUGUCGCAGAACAGAAGGGACUGUUUGAAGAGGCCGCAAAACUCUAUGACUUGGCAAAGAACCCAGACAAAGUUUUGGAGUUGACCAAUAAGCUGCUGAGUCCUGUAGUUUCUCAAAUCAGCACUCCACAGUCUAACAAGGAACGACUCAAAAACAUGGCUCUGUCCAUUGCUGAAAGGUAUAGAUCCCAGGGUAUAACGGCUGAAAAAUCCAUAAACUCCACAUUUUAUCUGCUGCUGGAUUUGAUGACCUUUUUUGAUAACUAUCAUGCUGGUCAUAUUGAUCUUGCAUUUGAUGUUAUAGAGAGGCUGAAGAUCGUUCCACUGAGUCAGGACAGUGUGGAGGAGAGAGUUGCUGCUUUUAGAAAUUUCAGCGAUGAGAUUAGACAUAAUUUGUCUGAAGUUCUCCUUGCUACGAUGAACAUAUUGUUCACUCAGUACAAGAGGUUAAAGAGCAGUGGACCCUCCACUCUCGGGAGACAGCAACGCGUUGUAGAUGACAAAGACUCGGUCUUGCGCAGUCAAGCACGUGCUCUUAUCACUUUCGCUGGAAUGAUCCCAUAUAGGAUGUCUGGGGACACAAACGCUCGACUUGUACAGAUGGAAGUUCUAAUGAACUGAUACAGACAUAAUUGCCAUUAAUGUAUCACCUGCACCUAUCUCAGUGCUCUUCAUUGUAAUAUUCCAAAUACAACCUUCUUUUUUUUGA